CUCGCGAGAGUUCUUCAGAUUUCGCAGUUUGCGAGCUCUCUUCUAGACUUGCCCCGCCUUCACCGAGGAAUCGUUAACUCCUCCUGCUUCCGGUCUCCGUUGUGUGAUGAUGUUGUGAAUAUGGCGGCUAAAGAAACUGUAAACAGCCACAGAGCCGAUGUGGAAGCUACUGUCAACCGCUGGAUAGUUGACUAUUACUCACAUCUGGCGUUAGAGUUGUUUAGAAACGAGGAAUACUCAGGAUUCUGCGGCAUCAGAGAUUUACUUCAGAAUGUCUUGGACCGUCCUAUGGAGUUCUCUGAUGUCAUGCCAACAAAGAUUAAAGUAAUGCAGUUUCUCUCCCGGAUAAACGAUGGAGAAAACCUUGACAUGUCAUUUGAUUCUGACAAGUCAAGAAGUCCUCUGGAAUCGGCCUUAAUGGUGCUGGAAAAUAUGAGCCAGGCAUGCAGUAUGCCGUUGCCACAGCAGGAUUUCGAUAAUGUAUGCGCUUCACUUAAAGAUAUGAUGGUGGCUAUAUUAAUUAAGAACAAUGAGUUUGACAAAGCAAAAGAGGUGUUGAACAAAUACUUCCCCAAAUCAAUGGUUGGCAAGAAAGCUAUAUUCAUGGGUCUCAUCAAGGGGAAGAGUAAAACGCAUGAAGUCAUCGAGCAAAUCGACUUCCAACGGUUCAAGGAGGAGAUGUUGACCUUCUGCCAGAGUCUCUGCCCAUUCAAUGUUCCCUUUCUCCACAAGGCUGCAAUGCAGCUUAUUGAAAAAAAAAAAAUGGAGCAAGACGACAUGUUAACUGAUCCUGAUGAGCUAGACGACACGACCACUGGACCUGAUGAGCAAGACGAAGCAGGCCCGUCCUCUCGUCCACAAAUGAUCAGCAUCCAGUUUGUACCAUGUAAACAUACAAUAAUCCAGAGGACCCGGCUGGAGGCGGCCUACAAGGCUUUGGCUGCAGGUUCAGAUGAGAGAACAUUUCUUCUGCUGGAGGAAGAAGUGGAGGGAGAGGAGCAGGCAAGAAAACAUCUUCCCCUCUCACCUACUCCCAGGAAGGACACCAAUCAGGACUCCGAGCAGGAUGGGCUAUUUCAGAGAGACUCAGGCAGCCCCAUGGAGGCUUCCCCAGCAGACCAACCACCACAAACAGAUGCUGCUCCUCAAACGCAGGCAGGCUACCUCUCAAAGACGCCCUCAGUGCGGAGGAACAGGCACAGUCACAAUGUGGCACGACUGGUGGUCGAGCCGGACAGCCAGGGGAGCUCGCAGUGCACAAUGGCUUCAAAGGAACCGGAGCCUGAUGUCAGAACAGAAGAGCCACCACAGUCACCGGCUAUAACCAGUGAAAAAGACACGCAGAGCCCAAUGACAGUCAGGGAGGUUACGAUACCCUUGCGGAGGCUCCCCAGACGAGCCAACAAGAUUUGCAGCAGCGCAUCAACUAGUAUGGCAGAGUUGUCAGCAGACGGUGAGGAGGACCCCUCUGGCUCUGUGGCUAGCAGGGAAAGUUCUGAGGGAAAAAGCCAUAACCAGUCCAACACUUCACUCAGCAUUAACUCCACUAUGCUAGACCUGUCGUCAUCAGACAGUGAUGAAAACCCACAGCAGUCACCGUCUCCCUGCAAAACCCCAUUGCGGAAACCUCGUAAACAACCGGCCAGCGAUCCUCUUAGCAAGAUUCCAGAUGCCGUCUGUAUCACAGAUUCUUCAUUGGACAGCUCGCCCGAACUGUUCCCUCUUCACCCUGACCCUCAAACACGCUCCACUCCACAGAAAGACUCUGCUCAAGGCAAACGUCCUUACAAUUCAAAAUGGAAAGAGCUGUACAGUACUGCAAAGGAGAGCAAGGAUACAUGGAGUGAUGAAGAGUCAUAUUUCAACUCCAGAAAGAAUACCGGAUCGCACAAUGAGAGCACCAUUUCAAAUUCAGGCAGCAGGAAGAAGAUGUGGAGCGAGAGCGAGACACAGAGGUUGAAAGAAGGGGUCCAAAAAUUUGGAGAGGGCAACUGGAGUAAGAUCAAGUCAUAUUACUCCUUCAAAGAUCGAACGAAUGUCAACCUAAAGGACCGGUGGAGAACAAUGAAGAAAUUAAACGUGGUUUGAGUAGUUCUGAGGCCUUUACCACAAAGCGAGUUCAACAUACCCAGGGUAUAUUCUCGUUAUCUGGUUUAACUAACACUAACAAACGAGAUCCCGCUAAGCGAUCCUACGAUGAUGGUUAUCAACCCAGUAAAUCACCCCAGGGUUUCUCAAUCUGGCUAUGAGCGUGUUCAUAUGAAAGGGUUUGGUGUUUGCAGCAUACGACCAAUCACAAACAUGGACAAGUCUACUGUCAGCGGAGCAUAUUUUACAAAGGAAGCGCAACCUAUAUUAUUAGACAAAUACGAAGACGUGAAACACAUAAUCCAGACUAAAAGUAACACAGUUGAAGCUGCCAAAUGCAGGAAGGACAGCCGACAAAAGAAAAAAAUUGACGAUUGAAUGCAUAAAACAGACUUAUUAAUUUAACGGAACACUCAAAAGUCAGAUAUAGUCGUCUAGAUGGAACAGUGAUAUAUAAAUAGCUUUAAAAAUAGAAUGGAUGAUUGGAUUACACUUCACUGUGCACUUUGGUAAAUAUUUGGCGUGUAUGACUAUUUCAGCCUUCUUUCAGCUGCGUCCCCGAGUCUGGCGUUGUGAAACAGACUUGAAAGCAAGUAAAAAAAUAAAUAUUAAAAAAGCAGCAUAAAUCCAGCUGUCCUUCCUGCAUGUGUCAGUUUAAACUGUUUCUUUUAGCCUAGAUUAUGACUUUAACUUCUUCGUAUAAUAUCAUACGAUCCGCGCACUGAACUGUGAUUGGUCAGUAGGCGGUGCUUUUAUACAAGUUGAUCUCUUAUCUGGAACAUGACCUGCUGCGGGGCAGAUCAGGUGUUCAGCAUAAGUAACCAUGGUGAUCUACAUCGGGUAAGAAGUGAACCACCGCGGUAGGACCGAAAACCCUGAAGUUACCUCGCUAACCCCAAAUCCUGCUCCGCAGGCCUCUGGAUAAGUUCAAGUGGAUGGAUGUUCAGCUCAAGUCUUUUUCUCCUGUUUUAAAUCAAUCAUGUUUGAAGAUUCUGUACAACUUAAAUUCAUGGCACCUUCUAGUUCAAUAAAUGUUCAGGGUUUAAUUUGUAA